ACCUUUGCGUUGGUCAGGUGACCCACAAGUCACAUGACGCGUUGCAACGCCUACACUUUACACCAUCACAUGUUUAUGCCGGAGUUGAAAUCCACCUACUGACCAAAGCCUACUUCUACAAAAAAAAUGGCAGGGCUCGUGAGGAGGAUCAUCAAUACACCCAACGCUCCAAAGGCGAUCGGCCCAUACAACCAGGCUAUUGCUGUUGGUAACACACUCUACCUGUCUGGUCAGAUUGGCAUUGACCCCGCGACUUCCAAAUUAGUGGAUGGCAUAUCAGCUCAGACCACUCAGGCUUUGAAGAACAUUGGUGCUGUUUUGGAAACACAGAACAUAACGUAUGAUAAUGUUGUGAAGACAACAGUGCUGCUGGCCAAUAUUUCAGACUAUGGAGUCGUCAAUGGAAUAUAUGAGAAGUUUUUCACUUCAAACUAUCCGGCCAGAGCUGCAUACCAAGCUGCUGCACUUCCAGCUGGAGCCCUGGUUGAAAUUGAGAGCAUUGCUAUUCUGGGGAACCUCGUCAAUCAAGAUUCACCAGCAUUGUAAUUCUUGGGUUCCUUUCCAAACUCAGCUUCAUCUCUGACUUUGUCCUGGUGUCCUUUCACUUUGAGAGGAAGUUACACAAAAUCAACAUGUGUGUGGUCUCAUAUUCAUUAGCAGAAACUAGUCCCUUAUACCGGGCAGUGCCUCCCAAGUCAGGAACCUUAAAUCAUCACACUGGAGCCUGAAGCUAAACUCAGAGAUUGAUCCAAGGUUUGGAAAAUGGAGUAGCAAAGACAACUGUGAUAGAAUAUCAAGGUGAAAGAAGAGAAUUCCCCAAUGUUUUAUGCAAAGAAAAUGAACUUGAUGUGAUUUUCUGAAUGUUCUAUAUGUGGCUACUUUGUGAAUGCAAACUUCCUGCAAGUUUGUACAUUUUUGAGACCUGCAAUGGUAAAGAAUAUUCAUGCUAAAAUUGGAAUUAAACUCUACAAUUUGAAUAUAUUCAAAAAGAAUUAUUUAAAAGAACAUCACAUUUCGGAUUAGAAAUUCGAAUAAUAUUUACACAAGAAGCUUUGUUAAAUGGAAGUCCCCAAUUGAAUUAAGAGUGAAAGGAAAAGCCUACAAAGAAAUCGUAGGAGUAACAGAAACAAAAGAAAGAGAAAAGAAACCACAUAUUCAUUGAUUCAGAAAAAAGGGUCACUAUUUCUUUUAAAUGCGAGGCCAAAAAGGUGUCUAGAAACAACAAAACAGCACAGUGCUAUUGGUCAUGCUGACCUAAUUGGUCGGCGGUUAUCAGACAUAAUUAUUUGCAUCAUUUGAUAAAGCUAUAUAGAACUUUCAAAUUAUUAAAAAUAUUUUUGAAAAGGAUUUAUUUCAAAUAACACAUGCCACUGCAUGUACCCUUUUUUUUUUGCAAUAAAUAUAAUAUUAAUCGCACAGUGUUUAAAAUGGCCAGUAAUUUAAUGUCCUUGUUUGAUUUGAUUUUAGCUGAUUUAACUGAAAUAAAUCCAGUUCUGUCCAUAAUUAAAAUCAAUGAUAGAAAUGGGAACAAAUUUGGAUGGCUACUUUUCCGAGUCGCAUACGUACAUAUCCUGUGUGGUCUAUUAUUCAGAAUGGAUGCAUGCAUUUUGUCUUUUGUCAACUGUCGAGAACUGAAAACCCCUCUAACUUGACUAAAAAAAAGUGAUAUAUAUUUUAGCAACAGGUGGAA